AUGACAACUCACACAGGUGAGAAGCCUUUCUCAUGUGAGACUUGUGGAAAAAGAUACAGUGAUAGAAACAGUUUAAAAUACCACAUGGCAACUCAUACAGGUGAGAAACCUUUCUCAUGUCAGACCUGUGGAAAAAGAUAUUGGGAUAGAAAAGGUUUAAAAUACCACUUGACAACUCACACAGGUGAAAAGCCUUUCUCAUGUCAGACCUGUGGAAAAAGUUUUUAUAAAAACUAUGAUUUAAUCAGACACAUGAGAACUCACACAGGUGAGAAGCCUUUCUCAUGUCAGACCUGUGGAAAAAGAUAUUGGGAUAGAAAAGGUUUAAAAUGCCACAUGACAAUUCACACAGAUGAGAAGCCUUUCUCAUGUCAGACCUGUGGAAAAGGUUUUAAUAAAAACUAUGAUUUAAUCAGACACAUGAGAACUCACACAGGUGAGAAGCCUUUCUCAUGUCAGACCUGUGGAAAAAGUUUUAAUCAGAAAUUUGAUUUAAACAUACACGUGAAAACUCACACAGACUUUGGAAUUUGCUAA